ACGUGCGAUGACGGGCUCCGUCGGAGCGGCUACAGCGGCCAUGCCUGGUCGCGGAAACAGGGCUAUUGCAUCGGACAACGAAUACCAGGUCGUACUGCCUACUUUGCCUACAGGUCGUCUUGUCUUAAAUACCGUUUUCCUGCACGGGGACAUCAGUGCCCGCCCAUACCGGGUGGAAGAUUUUCGUGACGCGCUCGCUCCACUUUCGCUCCUGCCGGAAGUUAUCGCCUUAGGCGCGUACCGCAUGAGUCAUGUGUGGGCGGUUACAUUCAAGGAUGCCGACGCCGCGAAGAAGAUUCUCAACAUCGGCGAGUUGAAAGUGAAGAAUGCGAGAUGUCUCGUGAUCGACCCUGCAAACCGGGAUGUUCGAAUGAAGCUGCACUGGCUCCUUCACAGCGUACCAGACGAGGACGUGCGUCUUGCCUUCUCGCCAUUUGGGAAGGUGACGGACGUCUCAAGAGAGCUGUGGCGCGCUCACGGCGUGUCUGAUAAGGGGUCAACUACGAGGACGGUGACCUUGAAGUUGAACGCUGGCAUGAAGCUCGACGACCUGCCGCACCAGGUGAACGUUGCUGGAGAGCUGGCGCUUGUUGUCGUAUCGGGCAGGCCACCCCUGUGCCUUCGCUGCCGUGGCACAGGUCAUAUUCGGCGUGACUGUAAAAUUCCAUGGUGUGGUUCGUGCCGUCGCUUUGGACACGACGAGGGCCACUGCGCACGGACGUACGCCAGCGUCGCCGGGCCAGUGAGCAGUGAUGAGACGUCAGCACUUCUCAUGGAUGAGGCCGACGCGGAGGAGGCAUCGAAAGAAGCUAGCGGAUCAGCGGUGCAGGAGACCACGUCGGCUGCUCCUAGGGCGCAUCAGCUGGAUGCGCAACCCAAGGAUCGCGCAUCUCCUGGACAGACGCCUCUACCUCCGACACAGGACGCCGUGGCGGCGUCAAAGAACACAGCGGAAACGCCUGACGCGUCUUCGGAGAACGCCACCCAACCGGUGGCGGAGCCCAUGGACUUUUCCCCUGAAGGGUCCAGCCACAUGGCCGGAAAGCGGUCGCACGAGGAGGCCGUGAGCAAGGCGUCGCAACCGGAUGAAAUAGGCGGUGAUGAGCCUCCUUUUAAAGCAGCAGGUAUGAGGCGAGCGUCCUGGAAACUGCGGCCGAACAUUCCGGCCGAAUCACGGCAGGCGGGGAAACCGCCUCCGUAGUAACGUGCUGUAGAUCCCGAAAUGGGGUAUGGGGGCGUGCGAUG